GUCGGUGGACAAUGGUACAGCCAGCAUCUUGCAGCACAAUGGUUGCAAGGUGUCGGUGAACCGGGGGAGCGUGAAUCAGCAUCACCGAAUCUCCACUUCUCGAUUUCUGCUUUUUUUAAUCAUUGUAUUAAUUUGUCAUAUAUAUUUUUUAAAGUGGUCUCCAUCUCCCAUUUUCGGGAUCUCGCAGCCAUGAACACCGCAAUGCUUCCCGUCAGGAUGUUUUGAACUGGACUGGCUUCGUCAUCAGCUGGCACGGAAUGGUAUUUAUGAGCAGACAUUUCUUAUACAACUGCAGCCAACCGAUCCUGGAUGUGAAGAUAGCCUUUUGUCAGGUGUGUGUCCCUUACAGGUAAAAAAAGAAAAAAGAAAAAAGGGUUUUGGAAAACAAGUGGAUGUGUCAUAUAUCGCCAAGCAUUACAACAUGAGCAAAAGCAAAGUGGACAACCAGUUCUACAGCGUGGAAGUGGGAGACUCCACGUUCACCGUUUUAAAACGCUACCAGAAUUUAAAGCCCAUUGGUUCCGGAGCUCAGGGGAUAGUCUGUGCGGGUUAUGAUGCUGUCCUUGACAGAAACGUGGCCAUCAAAAAGCUCAGCAGACCUUUCCAGAACCAGACGCAUGCCAAGAGGGCGUACCGCGAGUUGGUGCUUAUGAAAUGUGUCAAUCACAAAAAUAUUAUCAGUUUAUUAAAUGUCUUCACGCCGCAGAAAUCAUUAGAGGAAUUUCAAGAUGUGUAUCUAGUCAUGGAGCUGAUGGACGCCAACCUGUGCCAGGUGAUCCAGAUGGAGCUGGACCACGAGAGAAUGUCCUACCUUCUUUACCAGAUGUUGUGCGGCAUCAAGCAUCUACAUUCGGCAGGCAUUAUUCACAGGGACCUGAAACCAAGCAAUAUAGUGGUGAAGUCUGACUGCACUCUCAAAAUCCUGGACUUUGGACUGGCUCGGACUGCCGGCACUAGCUUCAUGAUGACCCCUUAUGUAGUGACGAGAUACUACAGAGCACCCGAAGUUAUCUUGGGCAUGGGUUACAAAGAGAACGUGGACAUAUGGUCGGUGGGGUGCAUUAUGGGAGAAAUGGUGCGCCACAAAAUCCUUUUCCCAGGGCGGGACUACAUUGACCAAUGGAACAAGGUGAUCGAGCAGCUCGGAACACCGUCGCCGGAGUUCAUGAAGAAGCUACAGCCCACCGUGAGGAACUACGUGGAGAACCGGCCCAAGUAUACCGGCCUCACCUUUCCCAAACUCUUCCCGGACUGCCUCUUCCCAGCUGACUCCGAGCACAACAAACUGAAAGCAAGCCAAGCCAGAGACCUGCUGUCCAAGAUGCUGAUCAUAGACCCAGCCAAGCGGAUAUCAGUGGACGAAGCGUUGCAGCACCCCUACAUCAACGUGUGGUACGAUCCGGCCGAGGUGGAGGCGGCCAGGGAUCUCAUCCAAAUAUCCAUGCCUCCACCUCAAAUCUAUGACAAGCAGCUUGAUGAGAGAGAACAUUCCAUUGAUGAGUGGAAAGAGUUGAUCUAUAAAGAAGUGAUGAAUUUUGAGGAGAGAACGAAGAAUGGCGUAGUGAAGGGACAGCCUUCACCUUCAGGUGCAGCCGUGAACAGCAGCGAGAGCCUCCCUCCGUCCUCGUCCAUCAACGACAUCUCAUCCAUGUCCACCGACCAGACCCUGGCCUCAGACACCGACAGUAGCCUGGAGACUUCGGCGGGACCGCUGGGGUGCUGCAGGUGACUAGCCGCCUGCCUGCGCAACCCCGCCUUCUUCCGCCGCUGAGGAAGAAGAAGAGGAAAGGCGAGGGUUAGGGGGCGCUAUCGGAAAACAAACAGAAAAUAGGAAAAAUGUGAAACAAUCAAUCGGAGACGACCAAGCCUGCGUGUUGUCAUGCUAAAUAAAUAAAAAACAGCAGCGGUAUUUAAAGUUAUACUCUUAUGUGGAUGAUCCUCUAGUUGCUUUGCUUAUAUUAGCCCACGUAUAUUGCAUACAAAAAGCAGCUUUGACUUGCAUCUCCUUUAAACGUAAAAUCAUCACACUCUGGCUGGCUGCUGACCCCCCCGGCCCCCCUUCAAAAGGCCCCAAAAAGCAUUUAUAUGCUCCUGUCUUUGUCCUCAUCAUGUGACCUAUCUGCUGUAGUUUAUCCAAAACAACCCUUAAAAUGUGUAUAAACACACCUCAUCAUGUAAAUAAUGUAAUUGUGUACAGUUGAAGGGCAACCGGAGUGGGACUAACGGCCAGUAUGCUGGAAGCUUCUUUUUAAUUUAAUUUCAUUUUAAUAAAAUGCCAUUUAUUCCUUUUUUAUUUGACUUUAUUUCUCAAAAGACGAAUCUAAUGUCAACCUGAGCCACACAAUUGCAUUUUAUUAACAUGCUUGGCUUUUAAUUGAGUAUAAAUAAAUAAAUAAAUUGAUUCAUUUUUAAAAAUCCAAUAAAUAAAGAAAAUGUUUUUUUUGUGAUUAUCAUAGGUUGACAAAAAAUUAUUCAGUGUAAUAAAACAAAAGUCAAAUAAAACUUAAAUUACAUUCAAUUAAAAUAAAAUGACACUUUUUGGAGUGUAUAAUAAUUAGAUUUCUUAAAUUCAUUAUUUUAGACUAUUGAUGCACCUUGCCACCUGAAUUGCUCCUGCCAAUUGCUGCAUUCGUGCAUGAUUUCAAUUCUAAUUUGCAAAAAGUCACCGUACGCUGAAGCCGACUGUACGUGUCACAUCCAUUAAGACUAUGACAGAUGUUAUUGGAGAUCUGGUCUGGACAAUUAGGGCUUACAUUGCUGUGCAAAACUGUUUUUGGUGUAAAGUUCCUUUUAUUUUGGCCUGCUGGACAAAGCAAAUCCAUUCGCCCCAAAACAGCCAAUCACCACCUUGCAUGUCAUUGAUCAAAUUAAUACAACAUAUGUUGAGAGCAAUGCUUUGAUUCUCAAGUUCCAUGUAGUUUAAAGUUUACUGUGCAAAAAGUCCAAAAGCUUUAUUGUAUUAAUGACCUUUUUCACUGCAUUUAUUUCAUGUAAAACAGGAAAAAAUACAUUUAGGUGAGCAUGUGGAUGAAUCAAUAAUAUCACGACGCAGCGAUACGUCACAAUGUUUAUUAAAACAACAUAAGCAUGAUCAUCAAAACAAAGCGCGUUGAUACUGUAUCGUGAAAGAUAACAAUGUGCUAUAUCACUGUACUGACAUUUUGUCCCAACUCUAAUUGAUACAGAACCGCCAGAGAUACUGCAGCAAUACAUUGCAAUGUCAAUAUUUUGGUCAUUGAUACUGCUUUUGAUAUUUUGUCCCAGCUCUAAUUAAUACAGACUCCUGGGCGAUAACGAUCUGACACAUUGCGAUACCAAUAUUUUUUUCAUUGAUACUGUAUCCUGAGACCAUCAAUGUCAAUAUUAUUAUCAUUGAUAACAAUGUGAUACAGUACGAUAUCGACAUUCUCUCCCGCCUCUGAUAGCUAGUGUGAGAGAUAAUAAUUCGCUUCAUCAUGCUAUCGAUAUUUUGUUUUGAUACAUUGAGAUGUCAAUAUUGGUCAGUAUUAAUACCAUACCAUAAAAAAAUAACAAUGCUAAUUGAUACUGUUCAGUCAGAGAUACAGUAUCAAUGUGAUACAGUAUCACAGGAACAUUAAUACUGUACAAUGAGAGAUAAUUAGGAAAUAUAUCCCAACAUCCAUAUUUCGUUCCAUCUAAAGUUCACACUGUAUUGUGAAAGAUAACGAUGCAAUAUAUCAUGGUAACGAUACUUUGUCUCAUCUCUAAUUGAUACUGUACUGUAAGAGACAACACAAUGAUAUAUCGCGAUACUGACACUUUGUCCCACCCCUAAAUGAUAGUGUGAGAGAGAAUGAUGCAAAACAUCAAAAUAUUCAUAUUUUGAAUCACUUUUAAUUGAUCCUGUACAAUGCGAUAAUAAUGUCAUAUGUCAAUAUUUUCAGAAUUGCUACUGUACCAUGUGAGAUAACAAUGCAAUAUAUGACGAUAUUGAGAUUUUGUCACAUUUCCAAUUGAUAACAUGAGCGAUAACGCAAGAAAAUAUCACAAUAUCUAAAUUUAGUAUCACCUCCAAUUAAUGCUGUAUCCUAACUGAUAACCCUGCGAUACAUUACAAUGUCGAUAUUUUGAUCACUGGUACUGUACCAUGAGAAAUAACAAUAAGAUAAUGUAUCGUGCGAUAUAUCAUGAUAUCGACUUUUUUUUCCCCCACAUCUAACCGAUAAUGUACUGGAAGAGACAACACCCACAAUGUAUGAAUUUAUUGAUAAGUAAUACUGGACCGUGAGAGAUAAUGAUACAAUAUUUAAUGAUGUCAAUACCCACACCCAACUGAUACAACAUGAUACAGUGCAAGGCAGUAUCAAUAUGUUGUACUGGUGCUCGCUAGUAAGCGCAUCAAUACCGAGUAGGGCCAUGGCGAGACAAAUAGGUACCAUGAAGUGUGGGAUAACGGCAUCAAGGGUAGCAUCCGUUCAGCGCCCCGUAAAUCCACAAAUCCUCCUGUCUAGUCUGACAGUCCAUGAACCAGGAAGUAGCGAGCUAGCUAGCUAACAAACACAAAAAGACAAAUAUGACGCCUUUUCCGGCCUUGGUGGAGGUCUGCCCUCUACUGAGUAACAUUCUAGUGGAAAAUUGCUGUUAUAAUAACGAAAUGAACAAAUGUGAUGGAGGCCCAAGACUACUGCACAGUAUUGUAUCCCUAAGAUCACUUAUUUUGUCUUGUUCUAGCUGGCAAUGGCAAGUGCCUUUUGGUGGUGACAAAUAGUAUAAUAGUGUUUCAAAUUGCACGGCAACACGUCACAUAACUUAAUUUUGCCUUAAAACUCGCAAAUAAUUGGUAGAAACGUGAGGAAUAAAAGGUUUGGGUUCACAGCUAUUAAAAAGACCUUUUUCUGUUCUUGAUCAUUUACCUCAUCGCAUGGCUUUGCAACUACCUUGUGGUUUUUAUUUGUUACUUUAAAAAGUUCGAUAUUCGCUGUUUAAAUCAAGAUAAAAAUUUAAACAAACAAAACAGAAAAACACUCACCAGAGUUCCUAAAAAAAAAUGGCCAUCUUGGACGUACACCUGCAGUACCUUGGAAGGCCUGCUAGAGGGGGCUGUCUCCAGAAUAAGCUACAGUAUCGGUGUUGCAUUCAGGGUCCGUUCGGUCGGGGCAAUGUGUCUCUUUUUAAUAAACAGGGUGCAACGUUCUUCUAUACGCGCAUUUUUUUUUAAUUCUCUCUGAGACUUUUUUUUGUUGCAAACUAUGGGACAUUUUUAAACAGUUACACAAUUCUGUAUCUUUACAUUGUCUGGAUCACUUUUGUUUUUGUAGUAUUAUUUCCUGAAUGUAAAUUAGUCACCUUGUUGUUAUAACUAAGACAUUAUUGGAGUGUUCUUGUUGUUUUUUUUGUUAAUUAGUUAGUUUGUUUGUUUUUUUGCCAAAAAACGUAUAAAUAUAAAAUUAUUGAAAUAAUAAAUGGUGCAUAUUAAAUCGAUAAAAAGGAUCGCAGGAAGCCAUUAUGGUGGCUCAUGAUUGGUUGAGCUGCGACAAAAGAGGGUGGUCCAAUUCUCUGCGUGACAAAUCUGAUCCCGCCCCCUGUUGUUCCUAACUGAUUUGACAAUUGACAUGUCAAAUCAUGGUGCUUUCUAGUGUGGUGAAAUAAAAAUAAUAAUUAAAAAAACAUUUAAAAAAAUGUAAAACAUUCAUUAAAAAUUUAUAAAUAGAAAAUUUAACAAAGCACCUCUAUCCAUUUUCAACACCGCUUAUCCUGGUUAGGGUCGCGGGGCGCUGGAGCCUAUCCCAGCUGACUUUGGGCGAAAGGCGGACUACACCCUGAACUCGUCGCCAGUCAGUCGCAGGUUACAUAUAGACACGGACAACCAUUCGCACUCACAUUCACACCGUCACUGAGUGGGAACUGAACCCACGCUGUACCACUAUACCAUCAGUGACCUUAAAUUAAAUACUACAUGGAAAAUAAAAAAAAAAAAGAAUUACAAAUAAACAUGAUAAAUAGAAAAUCUAUUAAAAAUGAUUUGAACAAAAUUUAAAUAAAUACCAGUAUUACAAAAUAAUUCAAUCAAUUCAUUCAGAAAGUAAAUUUCUUCACCUUGAAAUUUAUGUAUAUUUUAAAAAAAUUAAAAUACAUUAAUUCAUGUUUAUUCCUUUUAAAAACAGUUAAGUGAUAUUUGAAUUAUUUAUUUCAUUUACUUUAUAUUUAAAUCAUUUUUGGCAACAAAAACAAAACAAAAAACAUUUCCAUACAAGACAAGACACUGGAUCCUUGCUUGCUUGUCUGCACUGAAUGUAAACAUAGAGGCGAAUCAUUUGUCAUCACAGUUUGGUUAUGGUAUGUGGGUGUGUGUGCGUGUGUGAGAUUUGAAAUAAACCAGCAAGUCAACACAAUCGGAACAGAAAACGCAAUUUUCUCAAAUUCUUGUGUUGGUUUUUCCUUCUUUGGCGAAUGACGACAAGGUGUUACGCGUGUGUGUAAAAAGGUGGACAUCUUUUGUCACAUUGAAAUGUAGAAGUAAAAUAAAUAUUAUCAGGAGUGGGGAACCUGCAGCCUGCAGGCCAAGUACGACCCAGAGAGCACUUGAUCCGGCCAGCCAUGCAAUUGUAAAAACAAAUAAAACCAUCAGAGGACAACACAGUUCCCCAGCCCUGAUUGAAAACUGCAACAACUCUUAAUUUUUCUCAAAAGGGAUCUUUACAUUGAUUUAAUUGUCACCUGAAAAUUUUUCUGGAUGCACGCUUUUGUUGUCAUAUAGCAACUGUCCAAGAAUGCAAUAAAAGCAGUCGCACGGACGGCGACACGAGCAUCUUAACUAAAGUUUAACUAAAUUGACGACAUCCGAUGUAUAGAUCAUCUGAAUCAGGUGAUGUUCUUCAACAGUUUUCCUUCUUUUACUUUGUACUGUUUUCAUCAAUCAUUCUGUUGAGUUGACAGUAAAAGUUUCCUGCUGGUGAUCUCAAAAGCUUCAGGAAAAUAAAAGUGUUUAACAAUUGCAAAAGAUAAAAUAAAAAAAGAGAGAUUAAAAACUGAGAGCUGUUACUCCAAACAAAUUUUAAAGGAACUGUGUAUGUAAAAACAAAAUAAUAGUAAGUAAUGUAUGUGAUUGAAAAUAAACAAAAUCUUUGA